AUGCAAUUCAGGCUUACCCCACUCGUGCUAGCCAACUUGGCUUCCGCCAUGGUGCUUCCUUCGCUUAACGGUUUUGACGUUGAAUCCGUGUUCGGUCAGAACGCCAUCACCGAAAAGUCCAAGGUGGCCAAACCAUUUGAGAAAACCCGUAACUCGCCAGCUCCUUUGGUGACUGGUUCAAAUGUGGCUCCAAACAGGUACAUUGUGGUGUUUAACGAAGAUGUCCCUGAGGGCGACUUUGCCAUUCAGAAAUCGUGGAUCACCUCGCUUGUGCAAUCCGCCAUGGGCGUGGAAGAAGAUGAAACGCUUUCCUCGUUCCAGCUUCCUUCCUUCCUGGGCUUGCUGGGCGCUUUCAACGACGACUAUGUGGAGGAGGACGGCGUGAUCGACCUCUACGGCACCAAGGUCCAGGAGGACGCCACUUGGGGUAUCUCCAGACUCUCGUCGCGUAAGAACGACCAGGCGUUGGACUCCUACACCUACGAUCCUUCUGGUGGCGAAGGCGUCACUGCUUAUGUCGUGGACACCGGCGUCAAGGUCUCCGACGCUGACUUCGAGGGACGCGCUGUCUAUGGCCAGGCAGUGGCAUUCCCUCACUUGAAAGUGGAUCUUCAUGGCCACGGCUCCCACGUGGCAGGCACAAUCGGGUCCAAGACCUGGGGUGUGGCCAAGCUGGUGGACAUUGUGGCUGUGGGCGUGAUGGGUCCAUUGGGAACCGGUUUGACUUCCGACAUCAUCAAGGGUCUUGAGUUCGUGGUGCUGGACCACCAGAAAAAGAUCAAGGAGAAGAAGAAGGGCUUCAAGGGCUCCACCGUGAACAUGUCUAUUGGCGGUGGUAUCAGUGACGCUUUGGACGCCGCCACCAACGCUGCUGUUAACUCCGGUGUUCAUGUGGUGGUUGCUGCCGGUAAUGACGAUGCUGACGCCUGCGAGUACUCCCCUGCCAGAGCCAGCGGCCCAAUCACCGUUGGUGCUGUCGACAAGUCUGACAACAAGGCUUCUUUCUCUAACUACGGUAAGUGCGUGGACAUCCACGCUCCUGGUGUUGACAUUGAGUCCGUUGGUCUUGUCACUAACCCUACGGUCAUGUCUGGUACUUCCAUGGCCUCUCCACACGUUGCCGGUUUGGCCUCGUACUUGUUGUCCUUACAGCCAGGUUUGGGCUCCGAGUUCAACAGCAACCUCAUCAAGCCCGAUGACUUCAAGAAGAAGCUUAUCAAGUACGGCACCCAGGAUGUCAUUCACGGCCUCAGCGGUGACACCGUGAACAUCCUUGCCUACAACGGUGGAGACAAGCCUACCGAGAUUUGGAACUAA